AUUAAUAAUUGAUUUCGAGGAUGGUAUCUUGGAUACUCCGCCUCUAGUCAUUAUUUUAAUUUGCAGAGGAUAUCGACGAUGAUGUGUGACUGUGUCAGUACCGCAAAUCUAAUUCACAUGGAAUCUUUUUUUGAGAAUCAUAUUGCCACGUCAUCAUCUCUCAAAACCUUGUGAUUCCAUAACAGCAGAAUGGCUUUACAGAGGCAACUUCUCAAGAGAGUCGUAGAUAGAGCUUCAACUUCCUCCCGGAUCCAUUCCCCUGCGAUCACCUUCCUCCGCUCUGAUUACUCCACCUCUUCUCCGCCGCAGCUUCCGCCGUUUGAUUACCAGCCGCGGCCGUAUAAUGGUCCUUCCGCAGAUGAAGUCUUCCAGAAACGGAAGAAGUUUCUCGGACCUUCUCUUUUCCAUUUCUACCAAAAGCCUCUCAACAUCGUGGAAGGGAAGAUGCAGUACUUGUUUGAUGAAACCGGUAGGCGUUACCUCGAUGCCUUUGCUGGAAUAGUCACGGUCUCAUGCGGUCACUGCCAUCCCGACAUACUCAACGCUAUUAAUGAACAAAGCAAGCUUCUUCAGCACGCUACAACCAUAUACCUACAUCACGCUAUAGGCGAUUUCGCUGAAGCGUUAGCGGCGAAGAUGCCUGGAAACCUAAAGGUUGUGUACUUUGUGAAUUCUGGCUCAGAAGCUAAUGAGCUAGCAAUGAUGAUGGCUAGGCUUUAUACUGGUAGCCUUGAGAUGAUUUCGUUGAGAAAUGCUUAUCAUGGUGGAAGUUCUAAUACUAUUGGACUCACAGCUCUUAACACAUGGAAGUACCCUUUACCACAGGGGGAGAUCCAUCAUGUUGUAAAUCCAGAUCCAUACCGAGGAGUAUUUGGUUCUGAUGGUUCUAUGUAUGCUAAAGAUGUCCAAGACCAUAUUGACUAUGGUACUUCUGGAAACGUGGCUGGUUUUAUUGCAGAGACCAUCCAGGGGGUAGGAGGAGCUGUAGAAUUGGCUCCUGGUUACUUAAAGUCGGUUUAUGACAUUGUACGCAAAGCUGGUGGUGUAUGCAUCGCCGAUGAAGUUCAAACUGGAUUUGGCAGGACAGGAAGUCAUUAUUGGGGUUUUCAGACACAGGAUGUAGUUCCUGACAUAGUUACAAUGGCAAAGGGAAUAGGAAAUGGAUUACCAUUAGGAGCUGUAGUGACUACACCAGAGAUCGCUAGCGUUUUAGCUACAAAGAUUCAGUUCAACACUUUUGGUGGAAACCCAGUGUGUUCAGCUGGUGGACUUGCUGUUCUAAACGUUAUUGAUAAGGAGAGACGUCAAACACACUGUGCUGAAGUUGGUUCACACCUUAUUCAACGUUUGAAAGAUCUUCAGAAAAGACAUGAUAUAAUUGGAGAUGUGAGAGGAAGAGGAUUAAUGGUUGGGAUCGAGCUUGUGACUGACCGGAAGGACAAGACACCAGCCAAAGCUGAAACAGCUGUCUUGUUUGAGCAACUUAGAGAACUUGGCAUCCUCGUUGGAAAAGGAGGGCUUCAUGGGAAUGUUUUCAGGAUAAAACCACCAAUGUGUUUCACCAAAGAUGAUGCAGCAAUCGUGGCGAAGCUAUAUAAAAAGGAAGAGGCGGGGAGAAAGAAGGUAAUGGAGGAAGAAGAGGACGAAGACGACACCUUCGAGGAUGCCGUGUGUAGCAAGACACCAGCCAGAGUCAACACACCUUUGUCGGUAAUCACCGAAGCGUUCGAAAACCUAGCGGAUCUGCUCAAACCGGACAUAUCUACUGAUGAGGACGGUUUGAGUCUUGAUGCUUUCUGCAGUGCAUGCACUCACGUCUCCAUCCUCUUCAGCUGCCUCGGAUUCGCCUUCAAAUUUGCUGAGAUGGAGUACAUCUCCAAGGUUAAAGACUUGGUCGAAGCCUCGAAAACAUUAGACACGUUACAGAAUAUUUUGGACCUAGACGUGGAGAACGCGACGGUGAAAACACCAGGAAGCCGUUCGCGUAACUUACGACGUGUGAGACAAGGCUUAGACCUAAUACGAGCAAUUUUCGAACAGUUCUUGAUGACGGAUGAAUAUUCUUUGAAAGACGCUGCGACAACAGCUUAUACGGAGGUAUGUGCACCGUUUCAUACAUGGGCCGUUAGGACCGCGGUUUAUGCUGGAAUGUAUACACUUCCGACGAGGGAUCAACUUCUGUUACGGCUUAACGAAACUGAUCAAUCUGUUGAGAAGAAUAUGAGGAGGUACAUGGAAGCGUCACAACCUAUCAUAGAGUAUAUUGACAAACUUUACAUUGAAAGGAACAUUAAACUCGAUUGGUAACAGUUUUGUUCUACGUCAACUUUGUCCUUGUAAAUUACUAAUCUUACUAUUAAUAUUAUA